AUGCCUCCCCGUCAGCGUGCACGUACACCGGAGACCCCGACGAACGAACAGCUUGCCCAGAACCUACACCAGCUGACGCAGACUAUGGACACCCUUAGUGAGGCCUUGUUGCACAACAACCAUCCCGUGCCACCUCCGCAGCCUGCCGGGCAUAGGGAUAUAGGGCGUCUUGUGUCGAGCCAUAGACCUCCGACGUUCGCGGGCGAGGAAGACCCCGUUGUUCUCGAAGAGUGGGUAAGGACGUUUGGUAAGAUCUUUUCGGUUGUUGGAUGCCCAGAGGAGCGAAGAGUAGAGCUUGCGACGUUCUACUUCAGCCACGAGGCCGACUUGUGGUGGGUGCACGAGAGCCCAGCUUGCCUUGAGGAGCCUGGCUUUGAUUGGUUUUCCCUGAAGGAUCGGAUGCGUGAGAGGUUUUAUCCGGCAUAUGUGCGAGCCGUGAUGUACGAGGAAUUCCUUCAUCUUCAACAAGGAUCUUCAUCGGUGGUUGAGUACCACAAGAAGUUUCUUGAGCUCGCCAAAGUUGAGAAGUUCGUAGCUGGUUUGAACUACGGGGCACGAAAGGCCCUAACCGUGAGUAGUCCGAGCUCCUUGAAGGAAGCAUACCUGAGUGCUGCGGAUUUGUAUCGUGUUCAGCAGCUGCAGCGAGGGUCUUAUGAGCUUGCAAGAAAGAGGACCGAGAGUGGAGGUUCUUCCAACUUCAAGAGGCCCAAGCCGAGCUUCCAAGCCAAGAAUACAUUGCCUCCAACCCAAGGAUCAAAUAAAGUGGAGCAUGGAAAUCAAGUCAAGACGUUUGCUUGCCGUAUAUUUGGGAAGGUGCAUGCAGGACAGAGUUGCAAUGGCUUCGUGUCAAGAUGUUUCCGUUGUGGAGAGAAGGGACACAAGAUCGCCGAGUGCCCUCAGCAAGUCAAUCAAAGGGCGGUGCCCAGGAUCCGGAGGAGCAGCAUGAAAGGUAGCUCGAGUCGUGGAGCAUCCGGGGCCAGACCGUUGAGAAGAGUCUUCUUGAUGGGGCGUUCGCAGGCGGAGGCCGAGGGCUUAGUUGAGGAGGAGUUAGCAGGUAACCCUUUCCUAGCCUACCCUUGUCUUUAG